GCCUGAAAAAUCAAUCUUUCUUACAACGAGACUCUUUCUUUGAUUCUUUCAGACCGAAACUUAAAAGAUUUGUCGGUCUCAAUUCAUGCUUUUCCAUACCUAGAUUUUGGGUUUUGACUCAUUCGACCCGAUCUCAUCACUGAUCGCUCUAAUUCAUAUUUCCAGCAAGAUAUGAAUUCUGAUUCUAAUAAAUCAUCUUUAAAUGGAUUUGAGAAAUCUUUGCCACCAGAGGAGUAUCUAAACAAGAUAAAUGAAGUGAGGACUUUACUAGGGCCAUUGACUGAGAAGUCAUCUGAGUUUUGUUCUGAUUCUGCCAUUACUCGGUAUUUAGCUGCGCGUAAUGGCCAUGUCAACAAAGCUACUAAAAUGCUUAAAGAAACACUAAAAUGGAGGGCUCAGUACAAACCUGAGGAGAUUCGAUGGGAGGAGAUAGCACGAGAAGCUGAGACCGGGAAAAUAUACCGAGCUAAUUGUACCGAUAAGUAUGGAAGAACAGUUCUUGUUAUGAGACCAAGUUCCCAGAAUACGAAAUCGUAUAAAGGGCAGAUUAGAUUCUUGGUGUACUGCAUGGAAAAUGCAAUCUUGAAUCUACCAGACAACCAAGAACAAAUGGUUUGGCUUAUCGAUUUUCACGGUUUCAACAUGUCGCAUAUAUCCGUGAAAGUGUCUCGAGAAACCGCUCAUGUGUUACAAGAACAUUACCCUGAACGGUUAGGCUUGGCCAUAGUAUACAACCCGCCUAAGAUUUUCGAAUCGUUUUAUAAGAUGGUGAAACCAUUUCUAGAGCCAAAGACCUGCAACAAGGUGAAAUUUGUCUACUCAGAUGAUAACAUCAGCAAAAAGCUUCUUGAGGAUCUUUUCGAUAUGGAGCAACUAGAGGUUGCGUUUGGUGGAAAAAACAGCGAUGCGGGGUUCAGUUUUGAGAAAUAUGCUGAGAGAAUGAGAGAGGAUGAUUUGAAGUUCUAUGGAAACACAACAGUGUCCUCAACCUCAGCUCAUUUGACCAACUCAGAUUCUGAAGUUUCAGACUCUGAAAUGAAGCAUUUGGAGGACAAAGAAGAUGAGAAGAUCAAGAACGGAACUUUGUAAUCUCCUUUAGAUACAACAAAAACCUAUACAUGAAGCUUAAAAUAGAGGAGGCUUCUGGAGCUUAUACUUAACCCAUCAAUUACUAAGCUGAAGCUACACAACAAUUUUUGUUGUCGUUAUGCAAUUAAGACCAGUAAAACUGCUGAUUCUUA